GUGACGCUUACCCACAUCCCUAGCCAGCUGUGACGUCCGCUCUCGAGUCGUUCUGUUCUUCAACCGUGACUUGAAUUGAAAACUGAAGCGAAGCCGGGAUCGUUGACAAUGAGGUUCUUCUCCCAAUCCUUCUUGUACGACGAUCCCUGGUCCAUCGUCUCUCUUGCCUUCUUUCUUCGCUAUCCUAAUCCAUACGCUGCACAUGUAAUCUCGUGUGAUGUCGUUGAUAGGCACCAGACGGAGUCGGGCUCCCUAUUGACAACAAGACUCAUCUUGAAACGAGGAGCCUUACCAAGAUGGGCUCCUCAAGGAAUUAUCUCCAGGGCGGAGUCGUGGGUCAUCGAGGAGAGCGAAGUGGAUCCCUUUGGAAAGGUUGUUCGGUGCAGGACUAAAAACCUUGAUCAUGUCAAGGUUAUGCAAGUUGAGGAGACCCAACUUUUCGAGCAAAAUGAAGAGGGUCGCACUGUGCAGACAACGGAGGCAUACAUCACCUCCAAGCUUGGUUGGGGAUUGACAAAACGAAUUGAGAACCAUGGUCUCGCUCGGUUCAAGGCGCAUGUUCAAAGGUCUCGGCAGGGUGUAUCCCUUAUUCUUGACCUUAUUCGCCAAGCUCGAUUGCAGCCUAUGGCAUUAGGUUCCUAUAUAUCUCAUCUCCACUCAGAACGUUCUUUCGCUCCUACGGAUACUCCGAUCUCGUCUCACAGCUCAGACAAUACUAGCCACGCGCCCGAGGAAUAUUCUUCACCCACGACUGAAAACACUUGGCUGGGCAAAAUAUGGGGCAGCGGGUGACUGGUGACCAGUUUGCAGUUUAUUUAACCGCCUUCUCCUUCAAAUAUUACUUCGUUGGUUUUAGUUUUACAAUUUUGGCACUCAUUGUAUCAUUACUGGCAUCUAGUACCCUCACAAAUGUUUUCAAGGACAUUAAAGCGCUGGAUACGUGUGUGAGUACGACGUGUUCGGGACACAUUGGUUCUCAAAGUCAUUUCACAUCG